AUAUCGAUUUUCAGCUCUCUAGUGCUUGGGAGUCGGCAUCCUGAAUCCGAAAUUCUGCGUUCACAGCGGUGGGCAGCUGUGACCUUCAGGUGUGGUUUCAUACAUUUUGAAAAUCAAGUCAGAAGAUAGAAGGAGGAUUUCUCUUUAGAUGGGGGAAAUCAGUCCCGAUUUCGCUGCAGGGGACGUGUACUUUCAAGAUGAAGAUUCAAAAAUGGUGUCGGGCGUAAUGCUCCGGGCGCCGCGGAGGCUGCCCCGCCCCCCGUCACCGGCGCCCGGUGGGCUGGCCAACGGCGCCGUUUAACUAGUGAUGGCGAGCUCUAAAGGUAACGACACGGCGGCCAACGACUCGAGCGGCAGCGGCAAGGUCGGCGACCUCUCCACCAGCGCCUCCGGCACGCUGGCGGCGCCGCAGCCGCUGACCCGGAAGGAGUCGUACAAGGACCAACGGCGGCGCUACCGGCACGAGAAGCGCCGCGCCGCGGACGAGCUGCUGAACACAGUGCGUGACCCUGCCGUGCUGGUGCGGGCCGACUGGCUCAAGGUGCGGGGCACGCUCAAGAGCUGGACCAAGCUCUGGUGCGUGCUAAAGCCCGGCCUGCUCGUCCUCUACAAGAGCGAGAAGGCCAAGAACAGCCACUGGGUAGGCACGAUCCUGCUUGCCAGCUGUCACCUGAUCGAGCGGCCCAGCAAGAAGGAUGGCUUCUGCUUCAAGCUGUACCACCCGCUGGAGCAGAGUAUCUGGUCCACCAAAGGCCCGGACGGCGAGAGCAUCGGUGCGGUGGUGCAGCCGCUGCCGACGGCGCACCUCAUCUUCCGCGCCGCCACCCAGAGCUCGGGCAAGUGCUGGAUGGACGCGCUCGAGCUCAGCAUGGCUUGCUCGUCGCUGCUGAAGCGGUCCAUGAACGCCGACGGCGGCCGCUCCUGGGCAGAGUCGGAGCCAGAGGGCGGCGACCUGGACGACAGCCGGGUGGUGACGCCGGUGGAGGACGGCCACACCGCCGGCGACGACUCCUCGGACGACGGCUCGCCGCUGGACGACGAGGACGCCGCCGCCGACCAGACCGAGCCCGUCUCGGCCGUGGAGACCGUCUACGUCGAGAACGUGGAGGUGCUCGAUCCGGAGCUGCUGGGCGGUGGAGGCCAGACCGAGGAGCUGGCCGAUGAGAACAAGAACCUGCUGUGGUACCUGCUGAAGCAGCUGCGGCCCGGCAUGGACCUGAGCAAGGUGGUGCUGCCCACCUUCAUCUUGGAGCCGCGCUCGUUUCUGGACAAGCUGAGCGACUACUACUACCACGCAGACUACCUCAGCAGGGCCAUCCACGUGGACGACCCAUUCCUGCGAAUGCGUGAGAUCGUCGGCUGGUAUCUCUCCGGCUUCUACAAGAAGCCCAAGGGACUGAAGAAGCCGUACAACCCAAUACUGGGCGAGACGUUUCGCUGCUACUGGCAGCAUCCAAACGGCUCACGCACAUUCUACAUCGCCGAACAGGUCUCUCACCACCCGCCGAUAUCAGCGUUCUAUGUGUCCAACCGGAAGGACGGCUUCUGCAUCAGCAGCACCAUCUUGGCCAAGUCCAAGUUCUACGGUAACUCGACGUCGGCCAUCCUGGAGGGCACGGCCACGCUGACGCUGCUGCCGCGCGGCGAGGCCUACCACGUCACCAUGCCGUACGCCCAUUGCAAGGGCAUCCUGAUCGGCACCCUCUCCAUGGAGCUGGGCGGCAAGGUCACCAUCGAGUGCGAGAAGACCGGCUACAACACCGAGCUCGAGUUCAAGCUCAAGCCGAUGUGGUCGGGCCCAGACGACUGUAACCGGGUGGCGGGCAAGGUGCGGCUGGGCCGGGAGACGCUGGCUACCAUCGACGGCAAGUGGGACGGCCAGGUGUUCUUCACCGACAAACGCACGGGCAAGCGGGAGACCCUGUGGAACCCGACGCCAGACGUGUGCCGCCAGCGGCUGAAGCGCUUCACAGUGCCCAUGGAGGCGCAGGGCGAGUGGGAGUCGGAGCGACUCUGGGCCAAGGUCUCCAAGGAGAUCCUCAGAGAUGAUCAGGAGGCGGCCACGCAGGAGAAGUUUGUGCUCGAGGAGGCGCAGAGAGCGGGCGCCAAGGAGCGCAAAGCCACCGGCAGCGAGUGGGUCACGAAAAACUUCGCCCAGGACUGCCUGACGGGCGAGUACCUGUACCGGUACGCCGACCUGCGCCCCUGGGACCCGCACACGGACCAGCACCAGUACGAGGCCGAGUACCAGGUGCUGACGCGCACGCGCGUGCGCGCGCCCAUGCUGCGCACGGCCAGCAUUCUCAGCGUGGAGGCCAACCUGCGCAAGGCGAACCUGCCCCGGCUCUGGCGCGGCUCGUGA